GCUGCAUCCCUGCUUAUUGUUCUUGGUUUGAGGAAGCAAAUGUAUUUUUCAGCAGUGUCAGUCGGAGUGAAGACCUGGGAACAUGUCAAACACGGCAGCAGACAGAUGUGGAGGAAGUGUUGCCAAAGGCAACAAAGCAGGAACAGACCGGGCGGCAUGCACAGAGAACCUAACAGAGACUGAUUCCUUCCUCAGGAGCUCUUUAGCUUUGGAUCCGGCCGAGGAGUACAAGAUGGACAACAAACAACGAGGCCUUGCACUCAUCUUUAAUCAGGAGCGCUUCUUCUGGCGAUUAGCGUUACAUGAUAGGAAUGGAACAAACGCUGACCGCUACAACCUGGAGAAAAGAUUGAAUGAGCUGAACUUUGAAGUGAAGGCUUACGAUAACUGCAAACAGGAGGAAGUCUUAAAUAUAAUCAGUGAAGCCGCAGAAGCCAACCAUUCAGAUGCAGACUGCUUUUUGCUCGUCUUCCUGAGCCACGGCGAGAAUGAUCACGUUUACACCUACGAUGGCAAGAUCAGCAUUCCGGAUAUCACGUCCCUGUUCAAAGGAGACAAGUGCAAGAGCCUCGUAGGAAAGCCAAAGAUCUUUAUAUUACAGGCAUGCCGAGGAGACAAGCAUGACGAGCCGGUGACUCCCUGUGAUGUCGUGGACAGUGAUCUGAACACGAAUGAGGUGGUGGUGGACGCCAGCGCCGUACACACCCUGCCUGCUGGGGCUGAUUUCAUCAUGUGCUACUCUGUGGCUGAAGGGUACUAUUCCCACCGGGAGACUAUCAACGGCUCCUGGUACGUCCAGGAUCUGUGUGAGCUGCUUAAUAAGUAUGGCGACUCCCUUGAAUUCACAGAAUUACUGACGCUGGUCAACAGGAAAGUGUCUAUGAGGAGUGUUGGGAACUCUAAAGAUUGGAACGCUAUUGGGAAGAAGCAAGUACCUUGCUUUGCUUCGAUGCUCACCAAGAAACUCUACCUUCGACCAAAAAAGUAACCGUUAUAAAAACUGAGUCAUAAAAUGAGCUGGUUUUAUACCUGGGAAACAGGGGCUGGGGGAUUUUCAGUCUUCUAUUCUAUUUUUACUCAAACACUCUUUAAUCACCUAUGCAUUGAAUCAUGGCAGCCGUAGUAAUUACAGUGGAAUCAGUGGUUAUAAAAUAACAGGAACAACUUGUAUUCACAUGCACUGUAGAAAUAUGACUAUUUCUAGCCUCAGGCCAUCACUCCCCUAACAAAACCUAAUGCAAUUCAAAAAUUUUGACAAAUCCGAUCAGUUGUAAAAAAUCCUGCCUUUAUUUCAACUCAUUAUCAAACAUGAGGGAUCCCUGCAAAAAACCAAGGCCAGGGUUUCACCACAGCAGAGGUUGGCCAAAAUGAAAUAAAACUACCUCUUUAGCAUAAUACAAGUUGAUAUUUUACAAAAUAAAAUGUCAACCUUUAAGGGAAAAGAGUAGAGGUAUUUGCCAAUAUCUACCAAUUGUUUUUAUUUUCAUUACUAAUUUGCCCCCUAAAGUCCUAUGUAAGGGUGAUUUUAUAUUUCAUGCUGUUUUAUAAAACUGUGAUUUCUUUGCAUAUAUAUGACAGAAAUAUGUUGACUCAAAUCAAGGGUAGUUUCCUGACACCAUGAUGGUCUUGUCGUAUUCAAGUGCAUUAUGUUUUAAGGUGUGCCUAUUAAUUUGUCCAACCACUGUAGAUCAGUAGACAUUUUCCACUUUCACGUAAUUGCUUUUAAACUUCAGGAAUAUUAUGGGCCACAUUAUGGUGUUUCUGUCUUUGCCUUUUGUCGCAUUUUUCUUGCUUCUUUAAUCCAAUUUAAACUACUGUAGCGCCAUGCAAAUGUUGCCUUGUCCUGCAGACCACUUUUUUUUUUCUUUUCUUUUUUUAAAUUAACAAGAAGACCCUUAAGUUGACAUCCACAUGAAAGCUUUCCUCAAACUCUGACAAUGCUGGAAAUGUAAGAUGAGACCGGUGACAUAACACGAUACCCAGGUCAUUUAUGGUUUUGGUCACAUCAGGGUUUUUAUACAUUAACUCUAACAACUAUCAAGCGAUGUCUUACAUCUCCAGGUACCACAAACCUGCUGUUUGUCUUCAAACUCACUCUAUCAAAAAGGGAAUUCAUGUUUGUGCAGUUCUUUGUGUGUAGCAGUUUACAGUACUACAUUUUAUAAUGCGUAUUUGCACCCAACAUGGCAACAAACACCUGUGUGGAAAGAACCUCAGGGAGAAAGCUGUGCUGUGGACCUGUAACACAUGAUCUAUGACUCAGGAAAAAACUAAGUUACCAGCAUACAUUGAUCCUGUAUUUUUGUGGUCUUACUGUUGUGACUGUAUAAUAAAAUCUGGGACAUUUUAGUUGCUCCCGUUACAGUGAU